GCGACCGCAACCAAUUGUGAUGUACACUGUUCCUGCCAUUCAAGGUGGUUGAAACUGCGUUUUUUGCUGCUUUGUCUUUUUUUCUUUGCUUUCUCUUUAUUUUUGUGAAAUUCAACCAAAGAAGCUCUGUAUCUCCCUCAGCACCUUGACUGGUAGAUUUGGCAGUCCAACCCAUGACGACUUGAGCAACGAGACAUUGAACUGUUACCUCCAAAAUAGCAAACGUAGGCACCUGGAGUUGCCUCAUUAUCCAGCUUUGAACAGUCAACCCUCUUCAAAUUCUGUCUUUUUUUUUCUUUUUCUUUUUUUUUUUUCUAUCAACCGCCCAACAUGGAUCAGAUGAUGGGAGACAAUGGCCGAUUUCCAUUGGAAGAGUGGUUCUGGGACAUGCCCGUUUGCACGCGUUGGUGGACAACUGCCACGGUCCUCACCAGCGCUCUGGUGCAGUUCAAAUGGGUGAACGCCUUUCAGCUAUUUUACAGCUUCCGCGCAGUAUUUGUAAACAAUCAGUAUUGGCGCCUCCUAACGACCUUCUUCUACUUCGGCCCCUUCUCGCUCGACCUCAUGUUCCACAUCUACUUUAUGCAGCGGUACUGCCGCCUGCUCGAGGAGUCGUCGGGCCGCUCCGCCCAUUUCUCGUGGCUGCUGCUCUACGCCAUGACGUCGCUCCUCAUCAUCUCGCCCCUCGUCUCGAUGCCGUUCCUCGGCCACCCUCUCUCCUCGACCCUCGUCUACAUCUGGUCGCGCCGCAACCCGGACGUCCGCCUCAGCUUCCUGGGCCUCCUAGUCUUCACCGCUCCUUACCUACCAUGGGUCCUGAUGGGCUUCAGUCUGGUGCUGCACGGCACCGUGCCCAAGGACGAGAUCAUGGGCGUCGUCAUUGGCCACAUAUGGUACUUUUUCGCCGACGUCUACCCACCCCUGCACGGCGGCUCCAGGCCGCUCGACCCGCCAUUGUUUUGGAGGAGGAUGUUUGAGGGUCCCGCCGCCGGCAGAGACGACACGACCGACGAGGUCCCAGCGCGCGAGUUCAUAGCUGCUGGGGCUGGCGAUGGAGCGCGGCAGGAGCAACCUCUACCGGGAUUAUGAUGGCUGGUUUUGCGUGUGCUUUUUCUCUUGCUUUAUCGGGGGUCUUUUUCAAAAACAUGGUUUACUGGUCUCCCUUCUCAAAGCCCGCGCGUUACGGGUUGCGUCGGUAUGAAUAUCUUCUAGACGCCUUUGGGCAGAAUUUUGAAUCAUCACUUUUUCCAACCAUACAACUUUUUUUUUUUUUUUUUUAUCUUGGUUCAGACCUAGAAAAAAGGUUUGUGUUUUUACUGCAUUGAAGGCGCGGCUGCAUCAUGCACUUAUCUGUUCUCCAAUACAUAUUAUGAAUAAUGGUACAGAAGGUCUAGAACUACUUUCAACGAAGCCAAGAAUUCGGAUUUGCAAGAUCGGUGGCGAAGGUGCCCGAAACAAUGACUGCCCGGCCAAGAAGUAGCAGGCAUUUAGCUGGUGGUCAGCUUCUAUCUAGCGAUGGCCAACAGUCAUAUCUGCUUGUAGUUCCGAGG